GAACUUAAUUUCAUUGUUUCAGGAAUGAACACCAGAAAGCCGAUAGGGACAUCCAAGGAGCAGGAGGAGGCGGUCUCCACGGAACCUAUUUAUCUUACGACAACCCCGCACUCACUGUUUCAACAGAUACCAUCCAUAAUUUUAGGAAUAGAAAUGAUUCUGCCUACUUAGGUAGUAAUGACUUUAUUGUGAUAGACAACACCAAAAAACGCAACACCGUUGCGGAAUCAAUCAAAUCGUUGAUACCAUGGACUCAAAAGAAACUCAAGAAUUCCUGUUCGAAAAAAAUGCUUUAUAAAAGAUUACCGAUACUUAAUUGGCUCCCUAGGUACAAUUCUGAAUGUGCAGUAGGAGAUCUAGUAGCUGGAAUUACUGUCGGCCUAACUGUGAUACCCCAAGCGCUGGCAUAUGCUAAUAUUGCAGGUUUAUCGACUGAAUAUGGGCUCUACAGCUCGUUUUUGGGUCCAAUCGUAUAUAUUUUUUUGGGGAGUUGUAAAGAUGUCCCUGUUGGUCCAUCGGCCAUUUCGGCGCUGAUGACUUUCCAAGCCAUAAGAGGAUACGGACCAGAAUACGCCAUAAUGUUGUGUUUGCUCACUGGUAUUGUUAUGCUUUUGAUGGGACUGUUUGGACUAGGAUUCCUACUAGAUUUCGUCUCGGGACCAGUAGCAUCUGGAUUUACCUCUGCCGUAGCAUUAAUCAUUGUUACCUCACAAGUGAAAGAUAUUCUAGGUAUAAAGGCGAGUGGUAAUACGUUCGUAGAAACUUGGACAAGCUUAUUCAAAGAUAUUCACAACACUCAAGGAUGGGACGCCAUGUUGGGUGUUGUUUGUAUUGCCGUUCUCCUUAUAUUAAGGAUAAUCGGCACAUUAAAAAUAGAACCCAACCACGAAAGCGAAGAAUUAACCACAGUUCAAAAAUUAGUAAAUAAGUUUGUUUGGUUGAUCGGUACUGCCAGAAAUGCCAUUCUAGUCAUUGUUUGUGGUUUCAUCGGGUAUUCGUUCUGUUUAAACGGAGAACCACCGUUUAAAGUCAUUGGACAUGUUCCUCAAGGAUUACCAAGUGUCAAACUGCCUCCUUUUGGUUAUGAAAGCAACAACAACGGAACCUUGACCACCCAUUCCUUCGGAGAGAUUAUCUCGAAUUUGGGAAGUGCAAUUAUUGUGGUUCCUUUAAUUGCUAUUUUGGAAAAUAUCGCCGUGUGCAAGGCUUUUGCUAACGGAAAAAUGGUAGACGCUACUCAAGAAUUCAUUGCCAUCGGUAUCUGCAACAUCGCCAACUCUUUCGUCCAGGCUUUCCCUUCGACGGGUUCACUUUCCAGGAGCGCAGUAAAUAAUGCUAGCGGUGUACGUACCCCUCUAGGAGGACUCUACACCGGGAUUCUAGUUAUAUUGGCACUUUUGUUUUUCACUCCUUAUUUCUACUACAUUCCGAAAGCUACUCUUGCCGGAAUCAUCAUUGCAGCUGUCAUUUUUAUGGUUGAAGUCAAAGUCGUCAAGCCAAUGUGGAGAUCAAAAAAAAGUGACCUUUUACUUGGCUUUGCAACUUUCAUCGCCUGCUUGGUUCUUGCCUUGGAAAUUGGAAUCCUAGUUGGAAUAGGAAUCAAUAUGCUGUUCAUUCUGUAUCAUGCAGCUAGACCAAAAAUCACUGUAGAAAAAAACCUGUCCAAAGAAAACACUGAAUACCUCAUGUUAACUCCAGAUAGAUGUCUAAUAUUCCCAUCGGUCGACUACGUCAGAAAUUUGGUUACCAAACACAGUCUGCGUCAAGCCAUACCCGUUGUCAUUGACUGUUCCCACAUCUACGGUGCCGACUACACAGCAGCUACUGUCAUAGAGAUCCUAACUCAAGAUUUUGCAGCUAGAGACCAACCGCUCUUCUUCUAUAAUCUAAAGCCUUCUGUAUGCGCCGUUUUCGAGGGACUUUGUCCAAAGGAUUUCGUUGUAUUCUACAAUGAAGAUCACAUUGACCAACUCCUAAAAGAUAGAUCUUAUGUUAGAAAAGAGAAAGAUGUUAUGAGUGUUUGA